UCUGAUGCAGCUUUAGCUAACCAGCUUCAUUUGUUUCUGCGGGCGGGUGGUUAGCUGGUAAAACUGCUUUAUUGUUCAAAUCACAACCGAGCUGUUGACCAAAGCGCGUAAAGAAUGAGAAGAGUCACAUUAUUUGUUAACGGGACGUCUAAAAAUGGCAAGGUUGUAGCAGUGUACGGGACCUUAUCCGACUUACUCUCUGUAGCAAGCAAUAAGUUAGGAAUCAAAGCCUCCAGUUUCUACAAUGGGAAAGGCGGACUCAUAGAUGACAUCGCCCUCAUAAGAGAUGAUGAUGUGCUGUAUGUGUCAGAGGGAGAUCCUUUCAUUGACCCUCAGGAUGAAGCCAAGGUUACAUCAGAUCUGCAGGGAGCCCACACCGACUGGCUGACCCUCAAUAUUGGUGGCCGUCUCUUCACCACCACCAGGAGCACUUUGGUGAGCAAAGAGCCGGAGAGCAUGCUCGCUCAUAUGUUUCGAGAGAAAGACGUAUGGGGAAACAAGCAGGACGAGCACGGGGCUUACCUCAUCGAUCGCAGUCCUGAAUACUUUGAGCCGAUCCUCAACUACUUGAGACACGGCCAGCUCAUCAUCAAUGAGGGCAUCAACGUACGAGGCGUCCUUGAGGAGGCACGAUUCUUUGGGAUUGAACAGCUGGCUGAACAACUGGAAGCAUCAAUCAAGAACUCGCAGCCGCCGGAGGAUCACUCUCCCAUUUCCCGCAAGGAGUUUGUGCGUUUUCUUCUGGCGACGCCCACCAAGUCAGAGCUCCGCUGCCAGGGUCUUAAUUUCAGCGGCGCUGAUCUGUCCCGCCUGGAUCUGCGCUAUAUCAAUUUCAAGAUGGCCAACCUGAGCCGCUGCAACCUGACGCACGCCAACCUGUGCUGCUCCAACCUGGAGCGGGCCGAUCUUUCCGGAGCCAACCUGGAUGGUGCGAACUUACAAGGGGUGAAGAUGCUGUGCUCCAACGCUGAGGGCGCGUCUCUCAAAGGCUGCAACUUUGAGGAUCCGUCAGGACUGAAGGCCAACCUGGAAGGCGCCAAUCUGAAAGGAGUCGACAUGGAGGGAAGCCAGAUGACUGGCAUCAACCUGCGAGUGGCCACUCUGAAAAACGCCAAGCUGAAGAACUGUAACCUGCGGGGAGCCACUUUAGCAGGGACGGAUCUGGAGAACUGUGACCUGUCUGGCUGUGAUCUGCAGGAAGCCAACCUGCGAGGGUCCAACGUGAAAGGCGCCAUCUUUGAGGAGAUGCUGACCCCUCUGCACAUGUCGCAGAGCGUCAGAUAAGCUCCUCCCGCUCGGACCCCGGAUCGCCCGUUUCCCCUCUUCCUCCCAUCUGUCUGCAGGGCAGAUGCUCGUCCGCACAUCCCUGGCAUUCCACCAAUGUUUUGUUAGCUUUAAAUAUCUUGCACUAGAGUUUAUCCAGGGUUCGUCCGUCUGUCUGUUCGUAGGUCGGCUGUUUUCUCUCACGCUCGGCUGCGUCCACUAUAGCACCAAAACUACGCCGCGUUCCUCGUGUGUAUGUAACCGUAUCCGGAUGCAAUCCGGUGACUAUACGCAUUCGAUAUUUUGCAUAAUUUAUAUUUACUUGACAUGUUACAGGAGUGAGAAUCAGAUUAGCUGUAAGCGGUGGAGCUCAGAGCAGCGAGCGUCACUGAAUGCUGCUGUAGCAGAAUUAGACGAGUUUACCUACCAACAACUGUGUCAUUAUGUAUUCCUCUUUUCGUUUGUUACUUAAAUUUGCUGGAUUGUACCAUAUUAUAAAGAAAAGCAAUGCAAGCCAAAGCCAUAUAGCAGCACGGUCUGAAAGGCUGGAAGUGCUGCUAGUGCACCAUUUUGGAAAAACUCCGCCGCGGCGAGUUUGAAACACAGCUCCGGUAUGCAAUACACGGUUCAGAGCUGUGAGGUUUCUCCGUUCUUAUUCUACCGUUUGUCCACCCCUCCAAAAAAAAAAAGAAAAAAGAAAAAAGCUUUCCCAUGUUUUGUGCUCUGUGAAUCUACCUCUUUUAUUAAUCUGGUGUGUGAGCGAUCCACACAUGCAUGCAUUGGAAUGUGGCAUGGCUUGUUUGUCGUGAUGUUUCCGUCUUUCCCGCGUUCCCGUCACGACGGGAUGAUCCAGCUGGAAAGCCGUUCGGUUUAUUUGAUGCUGUUUUACGUGGGUUCGCCUGGAAAUGCGUCUCAUGUCGUUAUGUAUUUCACAUAAUCAAUGCUUUGAACCUAUUUGCACAAAGUGUAUGUUAACUUGUGACAUGGUAUAUACUCUCUCACCAAAAAAGUAUUUGGUGCUUGUACUCCUCUGUAUAUCAAAUCCAGUGCUUCCAAAAGAAAAAAAAAAAAAAAAAAAAGAGAAACCUCCUGAGUGUAGUCCUUGUUGGUGUAGGCAGG